CCCUCUCCCUCUCUGCUGUGACCCAUCCACCUGAACGCAUUUAAACUUCAGCUAAAAGGAGACUCGGAAAGAGGGGGAAGGGAGAGAGGUCCAUCGUCUCUUCUGCCCUUAGGCUGCUCUCUUUCGCCUCCUGUUCUCGCAUACAGCCUUAUUGCUUUGCAGGUGGCGCCAUCUCAUGGCUCGUCCAGUUCUGGCGGUGGAAAAUAAUAAUUCACCAGGAGGUUCAGCAAAUCUACUCCAAGGAAAAAAACUUGACUGUUGUUCUGAGCAAAUGAAUUCCAAGGCCUUAGUAACAGCAAAGCAUGAGAGACCAUUCGACUUCCUUCAGGCAUUCUAUGAGGGUGUCAUAGCAGGGGGUACUGCUGGUGUGGUGGUUGAAGCUGCUCUUUACCCCAUUGAUACAAUCAAGACUAGGCUGCAGGCUGUUCGUGGUGGUGGCAAGAUUAUCUGGAAGGGCUUAUAUUCUGGAUUAGCUGGCAAUCUUGCUGGUGUAUUGCCGGCUUCUGCUAUUUUUGUAGGUAUAUAUGAACCUGCAAAGCAAAAAUUGUUGAAAAUCCUUCCUGACAACCUUAGUGCAUUUGCACAUCUGACGGCUGGUGCACUUGGAGGUGCUGCUGCUUCUCUUGUUCGUGUCCCUACAGAGGUUGUUAAGCAGCGGAUGCAAACUGGGCAAUUUGCUUCUGCUCCUAAUGCUGUUCGCCUUAUCAUUGCUAAUGAGGGUGUUAGAGGACUUUAUGCGGGAUACAGUUCCUUUCUCCUACGAGAUUUGCCAUUUGAUGCUAUCCAGUUCUGCAUAUAUGAGCAACUCCGGAUAGGUUACAAGCUAGCAGCUCGGAGAGAUUUAAGCGAUCCAGAGAAUGCUCUGAUAGGUGCUUUUGCAGGUGCCUUCACUGGUGCAGUAACCACUCCCCUUGAUGUUAUAAAAACGAGACUGAUGGUUCAGGGUUCAUCAAGCCAGUACAAAGGCAUGAUUGACUGCGUUCAGACUAUAGUGAGGGAAGAAGGACCCUCUGCUCUCUUAAAGGGAAUUGGGCCUAGAGUUCUAUGGAUUGGUAUUGGCGGCUCAAUAUUCUUUGGCGUUUUGGAGAGGACAAAGAUUCUUGUAUCACAUCAAUCUGCCAAGAGUCAAAAAGAGAGAAUCACAAAACAUGAAUAGUUGUUCAGAAAUUCCAUCUGAUGUCACCUGUCAUGCAUUCUUUUCAUUUUUCCACCUUAUUCAUCAGUGACCAGUUUUUCAGGAAUUCCAACCCCCCCUCUUGUGCUGGUCCAACCAAAGGUUUCUGUUUUUAACGGUUUCUUUGGAGACGGCUCUUCUUAUAGAAGCGAAACUGUUCGAUUGGGGAUGUCUAGUGUAUUGAUAUAAACUGUUGAGUCGUCUUGAUUGUGUCAUUGCUAAAAGGCUUCCCCUCUACAAUGAUCUAGAGUUUUUCCUUUUGGUGCUACGUGAUGUAAUUGUCCCAUGACAUGCUAGAGAUUCGACUUGAUGCAUAGUUGUCAAAUUUAAUAGAGGAAUCCUUUAAUUGGAGGUAA